UCUUGAUCUGGAAAACAAGUAAAAUAUUUCGAGUGUCUUAAAGCUUCUGAUAAGCAUCGAAUGCGCAUUCUUUUCAAGUCCAUCAGUGGGAUUAAUAAAUUCAACUUUCUCACAAUGCUCAGUGUUCUUGAAGGACUAUUAUUUAGAGGAAAAUCGCAGCAAAACAUAAAAAGCAGUCAUAUUUCUAGUACUGUCAGGACACAAAUCAACUCACGGUCUUGUGAAAAGCAAAAUGUGGUCUCAUGGACGGCGAUGAUAGGAGAAUGUGUUAAACAAGAAAAACCUAAAGAGGCUCUUGAACUUUAUACCCAAAUGCAAAAGGAGGGUACGCUCUCCGAUAGUCAAAAUCUCAUUUUUCCUAGUGUUCUGAAGGCAUGUGCGAAGUUGUUAGCUUUACGAUUCGGUAAGGAAAUCCAUGGCUACAUUAUCAGAAGUGGUUAUGAAUCGGAUUUUUGGGUAGCCAAUUCUCUUGUUUUUAUGUAUGCGAAAUGCCAGAAUUUAGAGGAUGCACGUGAACUGUUUGACAAAAUGUCUGUAAAAGAGAUGGAUUCAUGUGUUGCUGUGAUUGUGGGUUAUUCUCAAAUUGGGAAUUGUGAUGAAUCUUUGGGUUUGUUGGAUCAAAUGCAAAUGGCAGGUUUGAAGUUUGACUUGAUCUCUUGGACAACUAUGAUUUCUAGGUUUGUUCACUAUGGACAUGAUGUGGAAGCGCUAAAGCUUUUCCAUCGAAUGCAGCUUUCAGGCUAUGUACACGAGGGUAGUUGCGAUUUAGCUUUGAGGCUUCUUAAUCAAAUGCAGUUGUCAGGAUUGAAACCUAAUUCGUUUACCAUUGCUAGCGUACUACCAGCAUGUGCCAGCUCCGCGUGUUUGAAAUAUGGUAAAGAAAUUCAUCAGUACAUACUCAAAAAUAAAGUUGAGCUAAAUGUCUUUGUGGAAACUGCCCUUGUAGAUAUGUAUGCAAAGUGUGGGAAUAUAGAAAAGGCACACAUUGUAUUUGACAAAAUGUUAGAAAAAAAUGCGGUUUCAUGGAAUGUGAUGAUUGCAGGCUAUGCCCAGAAUGGACAUGGUAGUGACGCUUUAAAACUCUUUCAUGAAAUGCAAAGAGCAGGAAUCAAACCCAAUUCAAUCACAAUGGUAAGCAUUCUUCCUGCCUGUGCUCACAUGGCAACUUUACAACAAGGCAUAGAAAUUCACAAUUAUAUUAUUCAAAAUGGAUAUAGCUCAAAUUCCCUCGUAGGGAGUGCUCUAAUAGAUAUGUAUGCAAAAUGCGGAGAUAUAAAGGAUGCCCGCAGAGUAUUUGAUGAAAUGCCAACAAGAUGUGUAGGCUUUUGGAAUGCAAUGAUCACAGCAUAUGCCUUGCACGGAAGGGGUGAAGAUUCUUUGGCUAUAUUCAACCAAAUGCAACAUACAGCUUUAAUGCCAGAUCAUAUCACUUUCACUGGUGUUUUGUCUGCAUGCACCCAUGCAGGAAUGGUCUGUGAAGGCAUGGAAUUAUUUGAUUGUAUGAACCGAGUUUAUCACAUCGCACCGCGUGCAGAACAUUAUGCAUGUGUGGUUGAUCUUCUUGGCCGUGCUGGGUGCCUUGACGAAGCAUGUGGCAUUAUCAACAGUAUGCCAUUUGAACCUACAGCUAGCAUAUGUGGUGCUUUGCUUGCUUCUUGCAGAACUCAUUGCAACGUGGAGAUUGGAGAACUAAUGGCAGAUCAUCUUUUUAAGUUGGAGCCUGAAAAUUCUGGAAAUUACAUAUUGCUUUCAAGCAUCUAUUCUGCAACAUGCAGGUGGGAUGAUGCAGAAAGGGUUAGGAAGAUGAUGAGAGACAGGGGGGUGAGAAAGAAGCUAGGAUGCAGUUGGAUUGAGAUUGACAAAAGCAUGUACACAUUUUCUGUAGGAAAUGAAUCACAUCCAGAAAUGGUAUGUUCCUGAUGUGGAGGAGGAGGAAUGAGGCAGGGUAUGUGCCUGAGUAAAAUUUUGUGGCCCAUGAUGUGGAGGAGAAGGAAUGAGUCCUCUGUGGUCACAAUGAAAAACUGGCCAAUUUUUUUUGGCUCAUCAUCACCUUAUCUGGUAGACCUCUCUGAAUCACCAAGAAUAUACGUGUCUCUGGGGAUUAUCAUACUGCAGCUAAGUCCCAAAGAUUGUUGGCUGAGAAAUUAUUGUGAGGUGUUCCAAACGUCAAGGAUGGAAAAUAUUCUUGUGGGGAGUAUUGGUAAUGCUAAUUAGAUCAAACAGAAAAGUUCAGCACACAAGGCUACAUGCUCAAAUAUCUUAUGUACCUAGCUGUGACCAAGGACUAUGUCAAGUUUCUAUUUAUUAUUUCUUUCUGUGUUCCCAUGGACUGCAACAAUAUUAGAGCGUGUUAAACAAGUAAAACCUGAAGAAGCUCUUUCCCAUGGACUGCAACAAUAUUAGAGCGUGUUAAACAAGUAAAACCUGAAGAAGCUCUUGAACUUUAUGUCAAGAUGCAAGAAGAAGGAUACACUCUCAGAUUAAAAAAAUCUGGUUUUUCCUUGUGUUCUCAAGGCAGAAAAGUUGUUAGCUUUACAGCUUGGUACUGAAAUCCAUGGCUACAUUAUUAGAUGUGGGUUUGAAUCCAAUGUUUUGGUCUCCAAUUCUCUUGUUUUUGUUUAUGAGAAAUGUUGGAGUUUAGAGGAUGUGCACGAUCUGUUUGAUAAAGUGUCUAUAAAAGAGAUGGCCUCAAGGGUUGUUGAGAUUGUGGAUUAUUCUCAAAUUGUGUAUCCUACGAGUCUCUUGUUUUUUUGCAUGAAAUGCAAAUGGCAGGUAUGAAGUUUGACUUAAUCUCGUUGAUAUUCACAAUGACAUGAUGUGGAAGCUCUAAAGAUUUUCCAUCGAAUGCAGCUUUCAGGUGUGUGACCAAAUUCUUUUAUGGUUAAGUAUUCUUCCAGCAUGUUAUCACUUGGCUGGUGUAUAAAAGGGGAGGCAAGUUCAUAGUUUUAUAAUUAGAACUAUAAUUGGUAAAGAUGUUUUUGCGGGGAGCACUCUUGUGGACAUGCAUUUUAAUUUUAAGUGACAUUGUCUUGUGGAUGCAAGGAUGUUCUUCACAAAAAUGCAUAAAAGAAGUGUGCCCCCCUAGAAUGCAAUGAUUGGAGGUUAUGUACAAGAGGGCAGUUGUGAUUUAGCCUUGAGGCUCCUUAAUUAAAUGCAAUUGUCAGGGCCGAAAUCUAAUCUGUUUACCACUGCUAGCAUACUAACAGCAUUUGCCAAUGCAGUGUGAAACAUGGCAAGGAAAUUCAUCAGUACAUAAUCAAAAAAUAAAAGUCGAGUGAAAUGCUUUUGUGGAGACUGCUCUUGUAGAUAUGUACGCAAAGUGUGGGAAUAUAGAGAAGGCAUUGUCGUAUCCUUAGAAACCUCAUUAUUUCUCUUGUAUGAUCCCUAGCUCUGAUGUAAUUUGGACUAAGUGUGGAGUUUUGGAUUUUGUUAUGUGGACCUAUCACCUAUGUGUGUGUGUGUGUUUGUGUGU